GCAAGGGGCGCAGUAGGCUCUGUGCCGCUCACACACAGAGCUGCGGUGCCCUCUUCACGGUGCUUGUCGUCUGUGUGCGUGCAGGGCAUCCUUCUGCCAAAAUCCUCAGCGCCUUAAGUUGAUGUUUUACAGGAUCCACAGCCUCGUUGCAAAACCACUCUUUCAGUCUCUGAGGCAGCUUGUUUUGUUACGCCUUUCCCGAAACCUGACCUCCAAAAUGGCUUUCCAGUACCCACAGGCUUACCGCGACGAUGCAGUUGUGGAUGACUAUCAUGGCACUAAAGUACCGGAUCCAUACAGCUGGCUGGAGGACCCGGACAGUGAAAAAACACAGGCCUUUGUCAGCGCUCAGAACCAGCUGACGUUGCCGUAUCUAGAGCGCUGUGAGGUGCGAGAUCUUUUCAAGGAGCGCAUGACUGAGCUGUAUGACUACCCAAAGUACAGCUGUCCCUUCAAGAGGGGGAGCAGGUACUUUCACUUCUACAACACAGGUCUCCAAAACCAGAGUGUGAUGUACGUGCAGGAGAGUCUGGAUGCGGAGCCCACCGUCUUCUUGGAUCCAAACACAUUUUCGGAUGAUGGGACCGUCGCCCUGCGAGGCUAUGCGUUCUCCGAGGACGGGGAGUACCUGGCAUACGGCACCAGUGCCAGUGGUUCAGACUGGGUGGAGAUCCACUUCCUGCGGGUUGAAGACGCCACGCCCAUGGAGGACCGCCUGGAGCGAGUCAAGUUUAGCUGCAUGUCCUGGACUCAUGAUGGGAAGGGUCUUUUCUACAAUUCCUACCCCCAGCAGGAGGGAAAGAGCGACGGCACCGAGACCUCCACCAACCUGCACCAGAAGCUUUACUUCCAUGUUUUGGGGACUCCGCAGUCUGAGGACGUGUUGUGUGCCGAGUUCCCUGAGCACCCCAAAUGGAUGAGUGGAGCUGAGGUGUCAGAUGAUGGACGGUAUGUGCUGCUGUCUAUCAGAGAAGGUUGUGAUCCGGUCAACAGGCUGUGGUAUUGCGACCUUCAGACCAAUCCUCAGGGUAUUACAGGACUUUUGCCAUGGGUGAAGCUAAUCGACAACUUCGACGCUGAGUAUGAGUACGUGACAAAUGAGGGCACUGUGUUCACUUUUAAGACCAACCUGGACGCCCCACGUUACCGUCUCAUCAACAUCGACUUUGCCUCUCCAGCUCAAAGCAACUGGAAAGAGCUCAUCCCUCAACAUGACAAGGACGUUAUCGUGUUCGCCACCUGCACAUACGCCAGCUUCCUGUUUGUGUGUUUCCUCCACGACGUGAAGAAUGUGUUGAAAAUGUACCGCCUGAGCUCGGGGGAGGAGCUAAAGACCUUCCCUCUCGACGUCGGCUCAGUGGUGGGUUUCACAGGACGGAAGAGGGACUCUGAGAUCUUCUACUAUUUCACCUCCUUCCUCUCCCCGGCCAUCAUCUACCACUGUGACCUGACGAAGGAGCCGCUGCAGCCCCACAUCUUCAGAGAGGUCACCGUUAAAGGAUUCAACCCCUCUGACUACCAGACCACCCAGAUCUUCUAUCCCUCCAAAGAUGGCACUCAAAUCCCCAUGUUCAUCGUUCACAAGAAGGGCAUCAAACUGGAUGGCUCCCAUCCAGGUUUUCUGUACGGCUACGGUGGAUUUAACAUCUCCAUCACGCCGAGCUACAGCGUAUCCCGACUCAUCUUUGUCAGACAUCUCGGCGGAGUCCUGGCUGUUGCCAACAUUCGGGGAGGAGGAGAGUACGGGGAGACCUGGCACAAAGCUGGCAUGUUGGCCAACAAGCAGAACUGCUUCACAGACUUCCAGUGUGCAGCUGAGUAUCUCGUCAAGGAGGGAUACACUUCUCCCUCCAAACUGACCAUCAACGGAGGCUCCAACGGUGGCCUGCUCGUAGCGGCCUGUGUGAACCAGCGGCCCGAGCUGUUCGGCUGUGCCGUCGCUCAGGUCGGCGUCAUGGACAUGCUGAAGUUCCACAAGUUCACCAUCGGCCACGCCUGGACCACAGACUUCGGCUGCUCUGAAGACAAAGAGCAGUUUGAGUGGCUCAUCAAGUACUCCCCUCUCCACAACAUCCGCAUCCCAGAAGGCAACGGGGUCCAGUACCCUGCGGUGCUCCUGCUGACGGGGGACCACGACGACCGGGUGGUGCCUCUCCACUCCCUCAAGUACAUCGCCACCCUGCAGCACACCGUAGGCCGCAGCACCAAGCAGACGAACCCUCUGUUCAUCCUCGUGGACACAAAGUCGGGCCACGGCGCCGGCAAGCCCACCAGCAAGGUCAUCCAGGAGGUGGCCGACACCUACGCCUUCAUCGCUCGCUGUCUCAACAUCUCCUGGGUCAAAUAACCUGGUCCUCUGGUUAAAGUUUGUGCGCUUUUGAUUGUUUUGUUUUUUGUUUUUGUUUUUUUUUAGAUUUUUUUUCUUCUCAUCAUUUUUUGGAAUACGGUUCACACAAGCUGUUCACACGUACUUUAUUACUUGACUCACUACACUAACAGUAUCUUCUAACUCAAGAUUACACGCCGAGUGUUACUGUAUGUUCUUUUCAUUUUUGGUUUUGUUUGUUUAGUUUUGUCCCAGCCCGUUUCCUACUCAAAACAUGCAGCACUCACAACUAACAUACCCUCUCCUGUAGGCCAUGUUUGUAGUCCUAAUCAGAUAAGAGAGACUACAUUAUCAGCGACAAGCGUGUUCGCAGUUAAAGUAAUCAGCCAAUCAGCAGCAGAUUAAAGUCAUGAGGUCUAAGUGGCAAAGUGUUAUUUGGAAAUCGUCUCUGCGUCCUCUGGGUGCUUCAACCUGAAGCGUAUUAUUUAUUUUUUCCUUUGUGCUCAGAGCGGAGACUGCGGGACGCCGAGUGAUUUCAGCAUGUACAUUGCUGAGGAGACAGUAUAGUGGAAACGAUACUGCAAGUUGACGGUAUUGCUGGGGAUGUGAGUGUGGAAACAUGCAAAAAAACAAAAAAAACAAUGCUGUGUGUGUGUGUGUGUGUGUGUGUGUGUGUUUGAAUGUCAGUCCCCGCAUUUCUUUCAGACUGAUGAUUUCUACCUCUUGACAUGUGCUGAUUGUUUACCUUUUGAAAGGGAACAAAACACAAUGCCACAAUUACAAUAAACUACUUUUUAAACAGUG